AUGCGCGAGGAGGAGGAGGACGAGGAGGAGGAGGAGGGGUGUAGCGUAUCGCGUCGUGACGAGUGCGACACUAAGACACUACGCGGAGGUCGUCUCCCGUUUUCCUCCCGCGUCAAAAAUCUUCAUCCACGCAUCGAUCUCGUCGCGUCGCUCGCCUCGUCCGUCGCGUCGCCCUCCGCGUCUCGCCGACGGUCGUGGAGCGUCUACUCCUUGAGCGGGGGCCCGCCCGGCGCGCCCGGGGGCAGGAACCGAUCGUACCCCUCCUUCGCGAUCCUCUCCGCGGCCUCCUUCGCGCGCCUCUCGCGGACGAUCUUCAGCUUCUCCAUCUCCGCCGCGAGCUCCUUCGCGGACUUCUCCGGGACGUCGUCCUCCUCCUUCUUCCUCGGCGCCCGCGGCGCGCGAUGCGGGUUCAGGAGCGGGUCGUCGUCGUCGUCGUCGUCGCUCUCGCUCUCGGAGCCGGACGCGUCGUCGCCGUCGUCGUCCUCGUCCGAGCUGUUCGGCGGGAGCUCCCCGGGAACGCCGCGCUCUCUGCUCGCGGGCUUCUCGCGCUCGACCUCGUCCUCGGAGUCGUCCUCCUCGGACGAGUCGGAAUCGUCAGCCUUGGACGCGCGCCACUUGCCGCCGAUCUUCGGCUCGUCGCCGCCGCCGCCGCCGCCUCGGCCGCCGCCUCGGCCGCCGCCCUUGCCUUUGUACCCCUUGCCCAUCCUUCGAUCGUCGCGGGUUUGCGGUCCCUGCCUGGUGCUGCGUCGCGCGCGCGGAAAGUCUGGACGAGGGGGAGGGACGACGCUGAUCUGA